AUGACGCCACCAGCGUUGCUUUUACUUUGCUUCUCGCUGUUUUUUCCGUUCUCUCGCAUCUCGGGGUCGCCGACGUACACGCCCCGACCACUCGUGAUAUGGCACGGCCUCGGUGACAGCUAUGCGUCUGCAGGGAUGCUCGAGUUCAUAUCGCUCAUCAGGGACAUGCACAAAGGCAUAUACGUUCAUUCGGUCUACCUUGACAAGGACUUGGAACAAGAUCAGCGCGCUGGCUGGUUUGGCAACGUCAAUGAACAAGUGGAGAAGGUCUCUGAACAGCUCGCAGAUGUUCCAGAACUUCAAGGAGGGUUCGAUGCUAUUGGAUUCUCACAAGGUGGUCAAUUCGUGCGCGCAUAUGUGGAGAGGUACAACUCUCCACUAGUGCAUAAUUUGAUUACAUUCGGUUCUCAGCACAUGGGCAUAUCUGAUAUUCCUCUCUGCCGUCCCCUCGAUAUUGCAUGUCAACUGGCUCGCCGAGCCGCCCGAGGCGGGGUCUAUACGGAGUGGGCUCAGUCAAAUCUCGUUCAGGCACAAUACUAUCGCGACCCUGUCCAACUGGAGAGGUACCUGUCCUCCAAUCACUUCCUCGCUUCCAUAAACAACGAGGUUCCCGACACGGCUAAUAGCACGUACUCGGACAACCUCCUGUCACUGCAUAAGCUUGUGCUCGUGGUCUUCUCUGCGGACAAAACUGUAGUGCCGAAGGAGAGCAGCUGGUUCGGAUCGUAUGCUCCACAAGACGACGACCUCAGCGAGAAAACUAUCCUUCCGAUGCGCCUGCAGCCCCUAUACGUGGAGGAUUGGAUCGGGCUGCGGACGCUGGACGAGCGGGGAGAUGUCCUCUUGGAAACAUGCGAGGGCGAGCACAUGCAGCUCUCGACUGGCUGUUGGAAGCCGUUUGUCCAGAAGUAUGUCGGCGGUCCCGUUCAGGUGGAUGAAUUCGGGAGCGUGUUGGCGGUGCAGUAG